AUGAUAUUUCUCGUAUAUCUGGCGCUUGUGGCGUUUCUGGGGCCUGUUCGGGCGUCUUUGGGCGAUGACCUGCCGGAAUUCCAACGGUGUGUGCAGAAAUGUGACGUUUUGACGUGCGGAGGAGCUUCAAAGUACCCUGAAAUCACCGAAAGAGAACUUCUUCAAUGGAAAACACAACAGCAGAUAUAUCAUCUGUUUGACGAGCUGCCGUUGCCGCUGGAUCUGCGGCUUGUGGGCUGGCAGUGUCUGCCGAACUGCGACUACCAGUGCCAGCGAAUCGUCACCAAGGACCGCGUCAGCAAGGGCCAGGAGGUGUACCAAUUCCAUGGCAAGUGGCCGUUUGUUCGCGUUCUGGGGAUCCAGGAACUGUUCAGUACCCUUUUCAGCAUCGGGAACUGGUUCCCGCAUUACUGGGGGGCCAAGUUGAUCUGGAAACAGUGCGGAAAGGAGAUCAGAGCAGGAAACUCGCCGUUCGUCAAGCUGUACUGGUCGUACCUCGUGGUGGCCCUGGUGGCCAUGUGUGCGUGGUUCUUCUCCACCAUCUUCCAUCUUAGAGACACAUGGAACCGCGAACGGCUGGACUAUUUCUUUGCCGGGGCCACGGUUCUGUCUGGCUUCCAUGCCAUUGCCGUGCGUGUUUUCAAGCUGUAUCUGCCGCAACACGACCGCAAACGCCAGCUGCUUGGUCUGGUGACUCUGUUGGCAUACUUUGGCCAUGUGACCCGACUCCUGACCAACUGGUCCUACACUUACAACAUGCAAGCAAAUGUGUUUUGCGGCCUGCUCCAGAACGUGCUCUGGAUCUACCAUUCGGUGACGUGUUUCCGCAAAUCGCGCCGCUCGUCGUCGCUCAAAGCCGACCUGCUCAACAAAGACGUCAACUGGACCCUCACCCCGCUCGCCCUGGUGCUCAGUGUCAGUGCCGGCAUGUCGUUCGAGCUGUUCGACUUUGCCCCGAUCCUCGACCUGGUGGACGCCCACGCGCUCUGGCAUCUCGCCACCAUCUGGCCCGCACUCUUCUGGUACUCGUACAUGGUGCGCGACGUCGAAGAAGGUCUCAAGGACAGAAAAUACGAAUAA